AUGUAUUCCUAUCUUUUCGCACUAUUGGCAAUAAUCAUACUUGUAUUCAGAAUAGUUCAGGCUCUUCCAACAAAAAAGUUCAAACGGAACAAUUCCAAUAAACUCGAAAAACCAUGUAAAUCGUGUAUAGUUCUUGGUUCGGGCGGACACACAAUGGAGAUGCUUCAACUACUUCAAGGUUUAGACUACGCUACCAAAUACAGACCACGACUAUAUAUAGUUUCUUCUAAUGAUACAUUAAGCGUAAAAAAGGCACGAGAUUUGGAGACUGCAAAGGGUGGAACAGAGGGUGAAGACAAGUAUAGAAUUGUACGUAUUCCACGAGCGCGUCAUGUGGGAGAGUCAUGGCUUACCACGCCGUUUAGUGUCGCCAAGGCAUUGAUUGCUUCCACGAAAGUUGUGCUGUGGGAAACUCCUGAUUUGAUUAUAUGUAAUGGUCCAGGCAUAUGUGUGCCCAUCUGUGUUAUUUCGUAUAUUCACAGAAUUUUAGGCAUCAAGCGUAUUUACUUGAUCUAUGUAGAAUCGUUUGCUAGAGUAAAAAGUCUAUCAUUAUCAGGAAGACUGCUGAUACGAUUCGUGGACACGUUUCUGGUUCAAUGGCCUUAUUUAGAAGGAAAAUAUUCUCAAGCAGAAUAUAAAGGCGUGCUUGUGUGA